UGGAAAAACGUAGGGCAGUGCGGUAAUUUGACCAACUUUCUCCCUCACAAUCCCUUUAUUUCUCGUUUCUGUCUCACACUUCUCCUUUGUCGCCGUCUGCACCAGGCUACACAGACGGUACGACGUCGUUACCAUCGUCUUCUAUUUCAGACUGUCUGGUUUUCUUAGUCUUGAAGCUCUUCUUGAAGCCUCGCCGUCACUGCCGGUAAGGUAUUUUGAUUGUACAAGGAAAACAUGUUGCUUUGGCUGUUGAUCGAGGCAUAUAGUACUUAAAGAGUUAUCCAUCUUUAACCAUUGUCCCAAGCCACAUGUUGAACACUGGAAAGAGCGAUGCAGUCAGUUUAUUGUUACAAAGUUUAUCAUGUCCAACACAUAUCGUUAUAGUGUAUGCUACAAUAUUCACCUCAUUCCAUCCCAAGGCGCUUAUCUAUAUCCCAAAUACAAAAAUUCAUACCCAAGAGAUGGAGAGAAGGGAAUUUUGAUAAAUCACCAACAUCAUAUAGCCUAAAAGAAUCUAUCACAAAAGCAAAGAAAACCAGUGAUGAUUCUAUGAUAGAUUUUCUCCUUACAUCUAUCAGGAACCUUGUGGAACAAGGCAAUUUAUCAAAAGCAUUCAAAACUUUCUCUCUUAUCCAGUAUCAUGCCUCUUCUACUGCUUCUUAUAAUGUCAUCUUGCAUCCCAUUUCUUCUCUUCUUUUAUCUUGCACCAACUUUAAAUUACUUCCACAAGGUAAACAACUCCAUGCCCAGAUUAUUGUGUUGGGUCUUGAGAGACAUCAAGUUUUGGUUCCAAAACUGGUCUCUUUUUACUCUAACUUUAACUUUCUUGUUGAUGCCCACAUUGUCACUGAGGAUUCAAAUUUGUUGCAUCCUUUGCCAUGGAAUAUGCUUAUCUCAUCAUAUGUUAGAUAUGGAGAAUUCAGUCAGGCUCUCUCUGUCUAUAAGCAAAUGGUGAAUAAGGGGAUCAGACCAGAUAAUUUCACAUAUCCAUCUGUUCUCAAGGCUUGUGGCGAACUCAUGGAUAUAGGAUUUGGUAUGGAGGUGCACAAGUCCAUUGAAGCAAGCUCCUUACAGUGGAGCUUGUUUGUUCACAAUGCAUUAGUUUCAAUGUAUGGGAGACUCGGGUUAAUAGAUGUUGCUCAUCAAAUGUUUGACAAAAUGCCAGAUAGGGAUGCAGUUUCUUGGAAUGCAAUUAUCUCUGCUUAUGCCUCUAGGGGAAUGUGGAAUGAAGCAAUUCAGCUGUUUAAGCGGAUGCAGGAAGAGAGUAUGGAGGUAAAUAUCAUAACUUGGAACACCAUAGCUGGAGGGUACUUGCGGACAGGCAAUUUUAAGGGGGCACUAGAGUUGCUUUCUCGAAUGAGAAGUCGUGGUGCUCAGUUGGACUCAGUAGCAUUGAUUAUUGGUCUGGGUGCUUGUUCCCACAUUGGAGUGAUUAAGUUGGGGAAAGAGAUUCAUGGUUUUGCAAUUCGAAAUGGCACUUAUGAGUAUGAUAAUUUCAAGAAUGUGCUAAUUACGAUGUAUUCCAGGUGCAAGGACCUUAGACAUGCCUAUACUUUAUUUCGAUUGAUAGAAGAAAAGAGUACGGUCACGUGGAACUCCAUGCUUUCCAGUUAUGCACACAUGGAUCUAGCUGAAGAAGCCUCAUCCUUAUUUAGAGAAAUGUUGCGUUCUGGUAUUAAACCAAAUUAUGUUACAAUUGCUAGCAUUCUUCCACUCUGCGCUCGAGUUGCAAAUCUUUCACAUGGGAAGGAGUUCCACUGCUACAUUAUGAAACGCAAAGGAUUUGGGGAUUACUUGCUGUUAUGGAAUGCUCUUGUGGACAUGUAUGCAAGAUCAGGCAAGGUUUUAGAAGCUAAAAGAGUAUUUGAUUCAUUGACCAAGAGAGAUGAAGUAACAUAUACUUCCAUGAUUGCAGGAUAUGGGAUGUUGGGGGAAGGUCAAGCUGCACUGAAGUUAUUUGAAGAGAUGAACAGGUUGCAGAUCAAACCAGACCAUGUAACACUGGUUGCAGUUCUAUCAGCUUGUAGCCAUUCGGGUCUUGUAACCCAAGGUCAAAUGGUAUUUGAAAAGAUGCCAAUUGUUUAUGGUAUAAGUCCCCGUUUAGAGCAUUAUGAUUGCAUGAUUGAUCUCUUUGGAAGGGCUGGUCUAUUAAAUAAAGCAAAAGAGAUGAUCAAAAGGAUGCCUUACAGGCCAACUUCUGCCAUGUGGGCAACUCUCAUUGGUGCUUGUCGGAUCCAUGGAAAUACAGACAUAGGAGAAUGGGCAGCUGAGAACCUUUUGGAAAUGAGGCCUGAACAUUCAGGUUAUUAUGUGUUAAUUGCUAAUAUGUAUGCUGCUGCUGGCUGUUGGAACAAGGUAGCUAUGGUGAGGACCUUCAUGAGGGACUUGGGCGUGAGGAAGGCUCCAGGUUGUGCUUGGGUUGAUGCUGGCAAUGGAUUAUCACCUUUUCUGGUGGGUGACACAUCGCAUACCUAUAGAGAUGAUGUUUACCCUUUGUUGGAUGGAUUGACUGAACUAAUGAAGGAUGAUGGUUAUGUGCCCAUUGAGAGUUUAGGUUCCGUUGAUCAUAUUUUGGAGGCAUAGAGUGGACAAAAUUGUAGUAGUUAGAAUUUUAAAAGAAUUGGUUAGAGAACUGUGGUUGGUAUAUUAUUUGAAGUGCUUAACUGAAGAUACUCUUCUACUGUGGGAUCAAAGUUUAGUUAUGUGAAGAAUCCAUGCUAGACUCAAACAGUUGCUCUGGCUCAACACUGCUAGACCUUGGUGCCAUAGGGAACUAUUUCCGGACUGCUAUCUGAUUUAAUUGUUUGGUCUGUCACUUCUGAAGUGAAUAUAUUUUAUUCUUUAUGGGCUUGAAAGUUAUUUUAUUCUUGGAGAAAGAGUCACCCUUGAGAGAAGAGGUGAGAAUUUAAGAAUUAUUACGUCUUUUGUUACUUGAUUACUACAAAGGCAUCAAUCAUAAUUGAAACAUAUACUUGAGUAUCCAGACUACCCUGUUUUGUACUUUAAUAAUACAUGUCUUGUUUUUUUCCUGA